GCUGGGGCAAUACCGCUGAUAUGAGCUGGCCGCCAGAUCAACGUGUCUUGGCAUAAAAAACCAGUCACUUCAUCAUGAUUAGUCGCAUGACUGGAUCCGUUGCAGGGAUUUUUCUUUAAAAACUCACAGCAGCCUCUGAAUCUCGCUGCCUUUGUUUAAGCUAUUUAAAUUAUUUUAUUCCAUUACUUUGAUCUGGAUCUCGGUUUGCAUUGACUGGUUGCAACACGUGAGAGAAUCUUUAAUUUUACUAAAUAUCCCUUUGGAUUGUCGAUUUUCUUGUGGUUACUGGUUGCAUCAAGAAAAUCCCGCCGAUCUGAUUGUGCUGCAUCGUGACAAAUUUGAACGGAAGCGACGGACGGAGAAAGCGUUUUUGAUUUUGCUGACAGCAACGGAUGAGCUAACCCAGAUUGGAAUUUUCAGGUAAGCUUGAAUUAGGAGAAGCCGGCAUUUUCUCAAUCCCCGACGUUGACCGAUAUCCGGGUGGCUAUUAAUCACCAAAAUACCGGAACACCGUCGAGACACCGGAUAACAGACACGGAGUUUUAUUCGGGAUUUCCGGUUCCAACAAAUCAAGGAAAAUGCGUUUACCUACGUUGUCCGUCUUUCUGAUCUCCUUGGCCGGCAUGCACUACUGCAUUGAACUGGAUCCUAACAGUCCGAAUAUCUGCGAAAAGCAGGAAAUUGUCCAGGAAGAGACCAUGGUGCCGACCCGUGAACCGACGCAAGUGGCCACCAAAACCUGGUGUCUGUCCAUUCCACCGCGCUGCACCACGUACAAGACGGUGUACAAAGUGGUGUACAAGAAGAACGUCAACGCCGUGCCGAAGAUGGUGAAGAAGUGCUGCGACGGGUACACUCUGCAUUCCAACGGCACUUGUAUCCCCUUCUGCUACAACCAGUGCAUUAAUGGCCAGUGCGUGGCACCCAACUAUUGCCAGUGUAACCCUGGAUUCGCCGGUGACACAUGCACCCAGAAAUGCCCGGCCGGAAAAUGGGGUCAGCAGUGCCAGAAGGACUGCGCGUGCCGCAACGGCGCCAUCUGCGACGCCAUCAACGGACGCUGCGAGUGUACGGACGGGUGGCAGGGCGCCGCCUGCGACCAGCCGUGUCCAGUGGGUCACUACGGCAAGAUGUGUCUGCAACAGUGCCGCUGUGAGAACGGCGCGCAGUGCGAUCCCGUCAGCGGGGGCUGUAAGUGCCCGGAUGGGUUCUGUGGACCGUUGUGCGAGAAGUCCUGUGCGCCUACCAAAAUCGAGACGGUCUGCGAUCGCUGCCAGAACGGCGGGGUCUGCGAGGCCGGCGCGGAUAAGUGCUCGUGCCCUGCCGGAUACACGGGCGAAGUAUGUGCCAACCAGUGUGACAGCGGUUUCUACGGGAAAGACUGCAAGAAGCAGUGCCGCGCCUGUUACAACGAAGGCAAGUGCGAUCCGAUCAGCGGCGGCUGCAAGUGUCCGGCCGGCUACUGGGGUCCGCAGUGCGAGAAGCAGUGCGAGCCGGGACAGUAUGGACCCAACUGCCAGAGUUUGUGCAACUGCGACAACGCCCAGACCUGCGAUCCGGUCAGCGGGAAGUGCCGCUGUUAUAGCGGAUUCACCGGCGACCGUUGCGAUCAACGCGCAUGUCCGGAUGGAAAGUUUGGCAAAUUCUGCAACAAUACUUGCACGUGCAGCAAUCUCACUGUUUGCCAUCCGUUCGACGGCGCCUGCAUGUGUCAGCCGCACGCCGACCGACUGGGUGGGCCGGCCUGCUCCAUCUGCUGCAUUCUGCAGGGCAAGGACGCCGACUGCUACAAGAACUGCAAUACUAAUGACAAAUGGGUGUGUGCGCCGGAACUGGACGGCUGUGUCUGCCUGCCGGGAUAUGUCGGCAAGGAGUGCCGCGUCUCAUUGUCCGUUAAUGGGGAUGAUGCAUCCAAUGCGGCGCUGCGCAGCAGUCAGGUGGUGGUGUCGCAAUCGGACAACACCGGUCUGAUCGUCGGCCUGUGCAUCGCGGUGAUCGUGCUGGCGCUGAUCCUGGUCAUGCUGGUCUUCUACCGGCGCCGUGUCCGCAAACUGCAAACGGAGCUGGCCAGUGUCGGUUACACCAGCAGCGGCACGGACAGCGACCUCAGCGACAGUCGGACGGAUCUGAAUCGCGCCGACAACUUCAUGUAUCUCAACAACGGCACCGGUCCCGGGAAAACGCCCACCUCCGUCAACUUCAAGAACGGCGAAACCUUCGUCAAAGUCGCCGAGCCGUUGAAGAAACCCCUCGGCAACAUGUACGUCGCUAUGCCGAAACCGAAGGAGACCAAUCCGUAUGACAUCAGCGACGACGGCAUCUACCAGAGCGUCGACUACGAAGUGCCCUCCGGCAAGCACCAGUACGCCAGUAUUGAAGGCGACUACAACGCCAGCACGGCCUCCACCAGUGUCGGCCAGACCAACCACGCAUUUGAGAACCAGCUGUACAACCACAAGCAGGACAUGUACGGGCGCGCCCCGCCCAGCUACGAUACUGUGAUAACCGAGACGGCCAUGUCUUCCAAGCCAUCCUAAAAAGGGCCGGACACGUUCGUUGGCAUCUCAUCGCUUGUGUUUCCGCUUUUGUAGCGUUGUAUGUACAUAAUUAUUUGUACACACAUAAUUUUAGCAGUUUGCGGCGUGUUUUGCUGUCUUCUCUCACUCUUCUUUGCCCGUGUGCCAGAUCCAUGUUUAUUUUUAUCUUAUUUUAUUAGAAACCCGUUUUCAAUCUCCUAGUUGUUCGUUUGUUUUCUCUGUUUUUAUCUCCGAUGGCGUUUAAUGUUUUUAUUCUGAAUUUUAUCCAUGGCUUUCUUGCCGAUUUUUUAAUUGGUUGUAUUCCGAUAUUUUUGGCGGCGCAUUUUUGUGAUGGCAGCGUUUCAGUUACCACAUGGAAUGGGGUUCAUUCUUUAGUUCCUGAUGAGAAAUUGUGGAUAAAUAAACAAAUAAAUAAAUAG